AUGGUCCACAUCCAGGACCUCCCAAUCGAGCUCCUGAGACUCAUUCUGUCUUUUAUUGCCGAUCCCGAAGAUGAGCCCUUUCUGAAGCUCCCCGACAGAGCGGAUCAAAGCGCGAAAGCUAAAGGAGGGAACGCGAACGAAUUGGAAAGGGACGACCAAUAUGACGAUGACGAUGCUGAUGAGUAUGAAAAUCUACGCAACAUCUGCCUGGUUUCGCGGAGGUUCCGUGAGCUAGCCCAACCUCUUCUCUUCCGCUAUUUCGAUGAUGAUGGUUUGGCCGGCGAUCUAAGCAAGACCAUCUCUUUUGCUAAGACCAUCUAUCGGUGCCCACACCUCGGAAAGCUUGUGCAGGAUAUCUCUAUCCUGCCUAUCCCUUUCUGCCUAGGUGGUCCCAGGCAGCUCACUGUAGAGGACUCCGAGUUCUUCAAGGGCGCAAUCCAAGAUCUUCAAUUGGCCGAUCAGGAGGAAGCCUGGAUUUCGGCGAUGGAGAAAUCCGACCUUGGCGUCUUUGGAGCAUUACUGGUUAACAAGACCCCCAAUCUUCGUGGUCUGCAUCUGCCAGGAGGUCAAUUCUCCAUGAAGCCAUUCACCCACCUCUUUAGUCGAAAUCCAUCAUUUCUUUCCGAUCUUGAGUCUCUCUGGAUCGAAUGCGAGGACGAAUUUUCUGGCUACAAUAUUGCUUCCUACCAGGAAUUCCUCACCCUUCCCAAACUUGUAUUUCCAACGUUCGAGAAUGGUGAUCUCCUCGAUGCAUCAUUCCCAUCUACCUGGGCGCCUGGAACAUUGAUGACGGAGCAAGUAGCCUUCCAUCGAUGCCAUAUUGAUGCUGGCUCUAUCCGAAAAUUCAUGCGGGCGUGCAAGAAACUGAAAUCCUUCACCUAUCAAAAUUUCAGCCUGGAUCCACACGACCAACGGACCCCGAGUACGCGAGCCACCGCCGAGUUUAACGCUGCGCAGGCUCACGAAGCUGCUCUCCUGCACAAGAACACCCUCGAGCAUUUCCACCUCGAGUUCGCACGGGACCCAUGGGACUUCGAGAACCCUGAGGAAUAUCUUUCUAGUCGUGUCAAGAUUGGCUCGUUCCGCGACUUCGUGGUGCUCGAGACCAUCUUCCUCCCACAUGCACUUCUUCCACCACACCCUCAAUUUCCCCGCUCACUAAAAACGCUCCACAUCACCGACUGCAACUCGUCUAUUCGGGACUUAGUCCAGAAUAUUGCGAUAGAUUGUAAAAACGGUCUUUAUCCGGACUUUACCGAUUUCAAGGUACUCGCAAUCGAUAUCACUAGGCCUAUUAAACUUUCUGGCCAACGUAUCCCACCAGGGAAAACCCCGGAACAAUGUUUCCUCAGUCUUCAGGGUCUGUUCAAAGGAACCAAAGUGGAUUUUCAGAUCCUGCCGUACAAAAUCCCUGACUUUGAUGAAUACGACGACUCCGACCUUGAUUAUGAAGAUUAUGAAGAGUAUCCACUAGGAGCAGGGGUUCCAGGAAUGGACCGAAUGCCAGGGCUUUUCGAUUUGAUUAUGCAGCGGGCUUUGCAGGACCCAGACUUUACAAACCUUCGCUCGCAUGCUGCAAGUGAUAAUUCAUGGGAAACUGAUGACAACGAUUGA